AUGAAGGAAUGGCACCGUACCACCAUUGACGACUGGGUCGCAAAGGGCAUGCUGAAUAAGGAGUUCAUUCUAGAACGCCUCGACCAAAGAAUAGAAGACGGCUCUCCUUUCUCCCAAGAGGAAAAAUCCGCCCUCAAGAGAGUUUUCGACUCUGUGUGCUCUACGGACGGGCUUUUGACCCAGGCUGCGUUCAUUUCCUUUCUACAGACCAAGUCGGCACUACCUCGGUCUCAAGAGGCCAUCCAAGCUGGGAAACUCUUAUAUACGAGCCUUGCUUAUCUUAGUUCUUUACCAUUUCCUAGUAGCCCUGAGAGGAAUGCCUCACGCGGCCUUUCUUUGAAGCAACUCACACGUUCAUUGGUGUGGGUCCUUCCAGGCAGUUAUUCAGCAAUCAUAGAACAAGGCUCGGAUUCCCGCUUACGGACCAAGGCAGACCACCGCAGGCUAGUCUUCCAGAGCCUGGCUUCUACAACCCAUAAAAUACAAUAUGAUUACGAAGAUGCACGUAAAAUUGCACGACACGACGCAUUUGAGGUUGAUUGGGAAUCUGACUUGGAAUUCUGCUCUUUAAAUCACGACGAUGAUGGUGACGAGAUCUACCAUGACCUCCUCGACGUUCUCUACUCCACGCAGGAGGAAAAGAGUCCUGGCCUUGCUCGUGUCCCUAGAGAUGCGUUCCGUCCUAUAGCAAAGCGUAUCGCGACCGAGAACGAUGUGCCAUCGUUGCAUCCCAUUGGCAUUCCGACCAACCAGUUUAUUUCUUUGGUCAAACUUCUCCUGGCAUUGCAGUUUGAAUCUACCGAGACUGAGGUUGAUCUGGAUUACUUUGAUGCUGCUGCAACGUCUAUAUGCGCUGCCUUCAGCGACCACAAGGAUACGGCGGUCAUUACGUGGUCAGCCUUUAACUGUGCAUUAAAAGAUAUCACCCCGUAUCUCUUCGACCCUUUAUACGAUAUGCUUUCGACCUCAUUUCUGGAGCAGGAUCCUUCUCAUUAUCAGACUGGGUACGAACCCCCCAGCGAAUUUGGCGACAUCCUCACACUACCUCUCGUGAGCCAGUUGUCGACAUUUCUGAUUGGAUGUGCAUAUUUCGGUGACUUUAGGCGUCUUGAACACUACACUCCUUCGAGUCUCCCGACUCCAAACGCAUUCAUAGACGCAGUGGAAACAGCCCCCGACGAGGCUGUUAUAAUCUUAUCGGGGACAACGAAAUCGGGAGAUGUGUGUACUUUCGGUGUGUUUAGCCGCGAACCCAAGGCCGAUGGGGCUAGCGUGCAGACCAAUGUCAUCCCCAAUCAGGUUGGCCUAGAGCCAUGUUCCAUUUUUCAACUAGCUCCGAUCCAGGACAUUUUUAGAGGAACACCAGGCAAGCCUGGGUGGACGGUAGACAGUGACACGGUCAUGUUUGGACAAGGUGGUGGUGUGGUCAUGGUGUUGACAGAUGGCUUGCGCCGUGCCGAGAUCAGACACCAUGUCUCUGAAAGAAGCGAUAGUGAAGGAGUUUACAAGCCAAACAUUUCGAGGGGAAAUUGGAUAGUGGAGUUAGAAAUCUCGCAGAUAGAGAUUUGGAGCGAGGUAGAUUGA